AUGUCAGAAGAUUCAGAAAAGGAGGACUAUUCAGACAGAACAGUCAGUGAUGAAGAUGAAUUAGAUGAAGAAACAUUUAUGAAAUUUGUAAGUGAAGAUAUUCGUCAGUGUACACUAUUAACAGCCAAUUCUUUUGGUGACCCAUUCGUCCCUCGGACCACACAAAUACUCUUGGAAUAUCAGCUGGGGAGAUGGGUGCCACGCCUUCGUGAACCACGGGAUUUAUAUGGUGUCUCUUCUUCUGGCCCCCUGAGCCCAACACGGUGGCCUUACCACUGUGAGGUCAUUGAUGAAAAAGUCCAGCAUAUUGAUUGGACUCCUUUUUAUCCUGAGCCAGUAUAUAUCCCAACAGGUCUAGAAAUGGAACCCCUUUAUUCAAGCUCCAAGGAAGACACUGUGGUUUAUCUGGCUGAAGAUGCUUACAAAGAGCCCUGUUUUGUGUAUUCCCGAGUUGGGGGCAAUCGAACACCCUUGAAGCCACCUGUUGACACCUGUGACAAUACUUUGAUGUUCGAAGCAAGGUUUGAGAGUGGUAAUCUACAGAAGGUAGUCAAAGUGGCAGAAUACGAGUACCAGUUGACUGUGCGCCCUGACCUCUUCACAAACAAGCACACCCAGUGGUAUUAUUUCCAAGUCUCUAACACCCAAGCAGAAACUGUCUACAGAUUCACCAUUGUCAACUUCACCAAGCCCACUAGCCUUUACAAUCGGGGCAUGCGCCCACUCUUCUAUUCUGAAAAAGAGGCCAAGGCUCACAACGUUGGCUGGCAGAGAAUAGGAGACCAGAUCAGGUACUACAAGAAUAACCUGGGCCAGGAAGGCCGCCACUUCUUCUCCCUCACGUGGACAUUCCAGUUUCCACACAACAAGGACACCUGCUACUUUGCGCACUGCUACCCAUACACUUACACCAACCUGCAAGAAUACCUUUCUGGCAUCAAUAAUGACCCAGUACGGUCCAAGUUCUGCAAAACCCGCGUCCUGUGCCACACGCUCGCCAGGAACAUGGUGUACGUGUUGACCAUCACCACGCCCCUGAAGAACUCGGACUCCAGGAAGAGGAAGGCCGUGAUUCUGACCGCAAGGGUCCAUCCGGGUGAGACCAACAGCUCCUGGAUCAUGAAAGGCUUCCUAGAUUACAUUUUAGGAGACUCAAGUGACGCCCAGUUGCUUCGGGACACUUUCAUCUUCAAGGUGGUACCCAUGCUGAAUCCAGAUGGUGUCAUUGUGGGGAACUACCGGUGCUCCUUAGCUGGGCGCGACCUCAACCGCAAUUACACCUCCCUCCUGAAGGACUCUUUUCCUUCUGUUUGGUACACACGGAACAUGAUCCACAGGUUGAUGGAGAAGCGAGAGGUUAUUUUAUAUUGUGAUCUCCAUGGACAUAGUAGGAAAGAGAACAUCUUCAUGUAUGGCUGUGAUGGUAGUGACAGAACUAAAGCAUUAUACUUACAGCAACGAAUCUUCCCAUUUAUGCUGAGUAAAAAUUGUCCAGAUAAAUUUUCAUUCCCAGCUUGCAAGUUCAAUAUUCAGAAGAGCAAGGAAGGAACAGGAAGGGUGGUAAUGUGGAAAAUGGGAAUCCGGAACAGCUUUACCAUGGAGGCCACCUUUUGUGGAUCUACUUUGGGUAAUAAACGAGGCACUCAUUUCAGCACAAAAGACUUGGAGUCAAUGGGCUACCAUUUUUGUGAUUCUCUCUUGGACUAUUGUGAUCCCGAUCGGAGCAAGUAUUAUCAGUGCCUGAAAGAAUUAGAAGAAAUGGAAAAACGCAUGAGUUUGGAAAAAGUCUGUGAUGAUUCAGAUACUUCUCUAAUAGAAAUUACAUUGGAUCUAGAGUCGAGUAGCCGAGGCUCUGACAGUUCGGAAUCCAAUGACUCUCAGACAUAUCUUCUGAAGGUAACCUCUCAGAUAAAAACCAAGAAAAAAUGUCUGAAAACAAAGAAGGAAAGGAAUUCUACCAUGGCAAGCUACCAGAGUGCCAGAGAAGAGAGGCAGGACGUUUAUGGUAGAGAACAUGUACUGCAAAAACACAAAGAAUCAAAUUCUGAUGUGAAAGUGAAAAUACCUGGACAAGCUCCUUCUUGGCUUCUAAAAAAAUAUUUAAGCUCCCAAAAUAUGAUUCAGAGUUUUAGCAGAGACAAUCGAAGAUAUUUUCUAGAAACCUGUGAGAGGCCAAUCCAGGAAAUAAUUCAGCCCCUGGGAAAUCGUUUAUAUGAAAACUGUUUCAGAGUGACGUCCUUGAAGUUUCCUAGGAGCCAACAAACAUCAAGUUGGAUUGAAAAGACAAGGAUACGAACAGAUCUGCAUCACAACUUAAAAAGCAAAGGUAAAGAAUGUAUGCCUGUCCAAAGUAAGAAGAGUGGCAUAAACUGGACAGAUGAUGAAAAAAGAAUCUACAGGGAUAAAAGAAUAGCUCAAACUCAAGAAAUAUUGCAUUAUUUGCUCCCUAUCAUGGAAACCCAAAAACCCAUGGAAAACAGUCAGAUAAAACAGUUAUUCAAUUCAAGAAGCAACUUCCAAAUCCAACAUCAACCAAAGCCAGCUACUUGCAUAAAUAUAAAGAAAUACAACUCAUCUUGGACACCACCCAGAAACCCUCCUUUUGUAACUCAAAGGAAUCUUAGGACAGAUGCCUCAGAAUGGUUCCAGUCUGUGCCCCAAAGGUCACUUGAAACUUUGACACCUCUCAAAGGCACCAAGAAGAGGAAAAAACAUGUUCUCUGGGCCACAAAGACUGAAGACAUGAACCUUCUAAGCAGCAAAUGGGAGACUGCUCCCUCAAGCUUUGAAGUGGUUGCAAAUAUAAAAGAUAAGAGUCUUCAAGAUGAAGAGUCCAAACUGCAGAGCUCUAAGCAGAUAGUUCCUCAUCUCCCCAAAACCAAGAAGGAGCAACCACAUCAGAAUGACAGACAACUCACCUUCCACCUGAGGUUCCAAAGGGACAAUUAA